AUGUUUGGUAAUGGACGUGCGAAAAGUGGUAUCAUUGUCCUUCCGUGCGGUGCCGGUAAGACGUUGGUCGGCAUUACUGCAGCAGCAACUAUCAAGAAGGGCACAAUUGUGCUUUGUACCAGUUCUAUGUCGGUCGUUCAAUGGCGAAACGAGUUCUUGCGAUGGACCACCAUUGACCCGAACGACAUCGCCAUCUUCACAUCUGAUCACAAGGAGAAAUUCAAGCGGUCUACUGGAAUUAUCGUUUCCACGUACUCAAUGGUGUCACAAACCCGAGCGCGUUCUUACGAUGCCCAGAAAAUGAUGGACUGGCUUCAGUCUCGUGAAUGGGGUAUGAUGAUUCUUGACGAAGUUCACGUCGUUCCCGCGUCUAUGUUCCGUAAGGUCACAUCUGCGAUUGCUGCACAGAGCAAACUCGGUUUAACCGCGACUUUGCUGCGAGAAGAUGACAAGAUCAAAGAUCUGAAUUUCUUGAUCGGGCCUAAGUUGUACGAAGCGAAUUGGAUGGAGCUUGCCGCACAGGGCCACAUCGCCAAGGUACAAUGUGCCGAGGUGUGGUGCCCCAUGACGACCGAAUUUUACUCGGAAUAUCUACGAGAGAGCUCGAGGAAACAAGCUCUUCUCUACAUCAUGAACCCACGCAAGUUUCAGGCUUGCCAAUUUCUGAUUGAUUUCCAUGAGAAGCGCGGGGACAAGAUCAUUGUCUUCUCCGACAAUGUCUACGCAUUGGAGCGCUACGCACUCAAGUUGAACAAGGCGUAUAUUUAUGGUGGGACUCCACAGAACGAGCGAAUGCGUAUUUUGGAGAACUUUCAGCACAACGAGCAGGUCAACACCAUCUUCUUAUCCAAGAUUGGUGACACAUCCCUGGAUCUGCCCGAGGCCACCUGUCUCAUCCAGAUCUCUUCUCAUUACGGUUCGCGUCGUCAAGAGGCGCAGCGACUUGGUCGAAUCCUACGAGCCAAACGCAGAAAUGAUGAGGGCUUUAAUGCUUUCUUCUACUCUCUCGUGUCCAAGGACACUAGUGAGAUGGUGUAUUCUGCCAAACGACAGGCUUUCCUGAUUGAUCAAGGCUAUGCCUUCAAGGUCAUCACUCACCUUCAGGGUAUUGAUAACUUCGAGGGGCUGUCUUAUGCCACACCCGCGGAACGUCGAGAGCUCCUCCAAGAAGUGAUGCUGCAGAAUGAAUCCUCCGCCGAUGUGGAACAGGUUACAGAUGAUCUCUUCUCUAUGCGGUCGGCAGGCAAGCGCGGCGGGAAGAAGCCAACCGCGAAACGAAGCGCAGCCACUCUCAGCGGCCUCGCUGGUGGCGAUGAUAUGGCUUACAUCGAAUAUAAUAAGAGCAAGAACAAACAGCUCAAGGACAAGGGUGGUCAUCACCCACUCUUCAAGAAGAUGGCGCGGCAACGCGAACGUGCGAAGAAGGAGAGGGAGUCAGCCAAGCCCUAG